AUGAUCGACGUUGACAUGGUAGUUGGCGUCCUGUCACGAACAGCCUUCAGUCCUUUCUUCACUAGCUUUGUCCCCUUAUUUUACCUUGCCCAAGGGCACUCCGUCAAGAGCUCUAGCGUCUGGCAUUCUUUUCUCUACUGGGCCGCUAUCUUUGCUUUCUGGUCGUUGAAAUGGCUCUCAAAAGUAUACCGGAAUGGGAUUAGCUCGCUACCGCUCUUGCGGAAGCCUCUGGAUUGGAGUGAACAGGCCGUUCUCAUCACCGGUGGUUCCUCUGGUGUCGGAGAGUUGCUUGCUAACACUCUGGCCUUCCGUCAUGUCACUGUGGUCGUGUUAGACAUCAAACCUAUAGUGACAGACAACAGUAGCAUCACCUUCUACAAGUGCGACGUCUCUAAAUGGGAUGAAGUGGAAGCCGUUUCAAAGAAAGUCAUCGAAGAAGUCGGGCAUCCCACCAUACUUAUCAAUAAUGCGGGUGUUGUGCAGGGAAAGCUCAUCCUUGACCUCAGACCUCAAGAUAUCAUGCAGACCUUUGGUGUGAAUACUAUGGCACAUUUCUGGACCCUUAAAGCGUUCCUGCCAAAGAUGAUUGAGCGAAAGAGCGGCCACAUUGUCACCGUUGCCUCCGUGAUGGGUCUCGUCGGGAGCGCUCAGAUGACCGACUAUAGCGCUUCCAAAGCGGCAAUAACUAACAUGCACGAGUCCUUGCGGUAUGAACUCGAUAACCGCUACGGCGUUCCCCAAAUCCGCACGACGAUUCUCUGCCCUGGCCACAUCCAUACCCCACUCUUCUCGACCAUGUCCGUUCCUCAGAAUUUCUUCUACCGGUUUUUCGUCCCUUCGCUGUCCCCGCUAACGGUUGUCAAGGCGAUCAUCCAGGCCCUCGAUGCGCAGGAAAGCAGGACGAUUUACUUACCUUUCUACACGAACUCGGCAGUUUUGAUGAAAACGUUCCCGAGCUUUGUAAGGGAUUUGGCUCAGAAGUUGACUUAUGCCGACUUCAUGAUGCAAGGUUUCCGUAAAGUUACGGCUAUCAGGCAGGAUGAAGUGGAGUCUGUCGCGCAGGCCGCAGCGCAGAAGAAGUGGAACUAA